AUGUAUCUGAUACCUUUUGGCGCAGAUCAAACCAUCAAAGUGGCAUCCAAGAAAGACUCCAAAAAUGGAAACAUCAAGCUCAAGAAGUCGGCGCCAAAGCACAACAAGCCGGGGAAUUGGAUGGACGGCAGCAUAGUCGAGGACAAGAAGAAGGGCAGCAACCCCCCAGCGUCGGCCGCAGUGUCCCCUGGUCCGGUUGUCAACCAGCUAGAAGACUCGGCACGCGAGACCUUUGCUACCGGACGGCCCCUGGAAGACCCCCCUGAGCUGCAGCAAUGCAAGCACUGCAAGAAGAGCAUACUCAAGACAGCCGCGAAGGCACACGUUGCGGCGUGUCUCAAGGUGAAGAAGGAAAAGGCACAGCGGAAGAAGGAGGCCCGCGAGGCGCGAGAGCGAGCUAAAGAGGCAGCGCGGGAAGAAGAAGCCAAGAAGAAUGACGAUGACGACAAGGACGAAGAUAGCGACGAAGAUGACAAGAAGGCCGGGAAAAAGGCCGCCAGCAAGAAGCCAGGCGAUGACAAGGUCAGCAAGAAGCGGAAAGCGGAUACUGAGGCGGAGAAGGCGCCCAAAUCUAAGAAGAAGAAGGAUGAGCCAAAAGCCAAGCUUCCAAAACCAAAGGGACCUGUUGACGUGGAGCGACAAUGUGGUGUUAUCCUGCCCAAUGGACAGCCUUGUGCCCGUUCGUUGACUUGCAAAAGCCACUCCAUGGGAGCAAAGCGUGCUGUCGCAGGUAGAUCCUUACCUUAUGACAUGCUUCUGGCCGCCUACCAGAAGAAGAAUCAAGCUAAGCAGCAGAAAGCCGCAUUGGAUGCAAACGCUCCUCUUGAGGAUGACGAUGAUGCCAACAACGGCCCGGUGGACUCUGAUGAGGAAACCGGCGCCGUGAUGAAUGCUUUGGCUCACUGGAACCCCCAACCCCUGAUCCCACAACCCGUCUUCAACCCCAUCAGGCGUCAGUACCAGCUGGCAAGACUUCAUGAGCAGCUUCAAAUGGCCACCAAUGGAGGCCGCACAAACAUUUUCAAGGUCACCGGCUUUGGCGCACAGAGAAUGCCUGGGAGCCAAUCUGCCUUGGUGGAGAAUGAAGACGCUCCUGGCGAAGACUUGGAAACCAUCUCCAUCCCGGGAUCAGCGAGGCAGGCCAGUUUUGGUAUGCCUGCGCCACCACAGAGACAGGCCUCGGUGGCAAGUCGUGGAUAAAGACGAUGUCUUUGUUUUUCCUCCUUUCCCUUUGCGAAUUUUAAACAGCACAUGAGCAUGGCUAAGGCGUGAGGCGUCUUUUCUAUAUCCCCCCUUUUUAUACGUCUUUCUCUACAACGCUAUAGUUUUUUUUUCUCUCUCUCCUUUUGGGUAACAUACCAUUUCAGGGAAUGGUUUUUGGGCUAGGAAAUAGGCUUUUUUUUUUAUGACUGUAACGACAAUCCCGGGUUCUUCUUUUUCGAUUUCCUUUUUUCUUCCCUUCUUGCUAUCUGUUGCCCCGACGCAAUCAUUGAAACAUAGCUCAAGCCUCCUAUAUGGCACGGUCUUUUGUUUUACGGACCUUUUACUGCAUACACCAACCCUUUGGAUAGACGGUUGCUCUUUUUUUUUUUUACUUUGCCAUUGGGCUGAUGCACAUGAUAUACCAGAAGAGAAGGACCCGAUAUUUGCGGUACUCUCGGCAUAGUGUUAGACUGAAUACACUACACUCUUGAUAAAUACAUUUCCACAUUUUGAAGCCGUAUUAAACAUGGUGAAUGUUAUUCGGUAGCAACCAGUAGCUUCAAUUCAUGAAGAUGCCCAGCAUAUUUGAUGAUUGUAUUUAGAAACAAGGUAUUAUAAUCCUUCAAUUCAUGUAGGCAGUGAUUCACCAACUACAUCCAAAUCGGGCAUCCUGGCCUUAUCUACUUAUUAUUGUUCCUCGCUUGUGGCCAUAAGAGCUGCGAGAGGCAAUCUCGAUGAACAACAUCGGUAGUACAUAGAUUGUAGCCAGAAAUAAGAAUUAUCCUUGCAAACGGUCUAUUCGGUUCCCUUCGCUGAUUAGGUGACAUUAGAUGAUAUGCUUAAUGUAUACGACGUGAAUGGAGCUACGAAAACGCAAGCAAAAGGCAUUGUAAGUAGCAAAUAAAGACAUCCAAGACUUUCAAGUCAGUGGUUUUAAGCCAUAAUCAAAGCCUUAUCAGGCAUAUGGUAGUGUAAAUAGACGCAGGACCUAGGCGGCGAAGUGCACUGGCAUCUCUCGGCCUCUCUGAGGAGACUUUACCGAAAUAUUGUCUUGAUGAGAAGUUGUCGAUAUCCGCUGGACUGAUGCCAGCUAGGAUACAACCUCUACUGCUUAUAGAAGCUCGCUCGGCCCGAUAAAUAGAGCCAGGGGGCAAUUCAGUGCAUCUUCAGCAAUUGCUUCUCUGGAUAAUUAAUCCAAGCCAGAAAUUAACUGUAUCUCGGAUUAUCGGUCAUGGUGUUCAGCAUUGGAAAGCAACACUUGAUUUUUCUACAGUUCGCGAUCCACGAGCAGAGAAGCCUGUUCCCUCCGACUUCAGUUUGACCAACCCCGUCGGUAGAGCAUCCUUUGAGCUCGAGGAUUUGCCGUGCUUGGUCGUGACGGCGACGGGUGUGCUGCAGACAAAGCAGGCAACGGGGGCCUCAUCCUCCUCUUUAGCCUGCUGCUUCCCUGAUGGAAGGAGAAACUUCUUGACGCAGUUAAGACACAGGACGUGGCCGCAUUUCUCGGCCAUGACGGGGUUCAGGGCAUUGGAGAGGGUCUUGAGGCAUGAAGGACAGGUUCUGUGAGUCUCUUUUGUGGAGUCGUCUGUUGUUUCGUUAAACCGUAUCGUCAACAGUUUUUGUAGAGAUAGAGAAUGGGGUUGGUGCUCUGAAGAGGCCGGGCAUGUGGGCGUUGUUUUGGCCUUUUUUGUGACUGGCGGGAGGUCGCUGUUUCGCACGUCUGGUGUGAGUGAGGGUGUCCAGAACGAAGGAAGUGUAGGCUUGGCGGCCUGUUUAUUAUUCGUU